AAUCACGGGAAGGAAUUCCCAGCUGUGGGAAAAGGGCUGGGAAUGCCUUGCCCAAGUCCUGACCUCGAUGAGAGAACAUCUGGGCUGCUGUGGGUGAGGAAUUCUCCAGAGGGAAGGACCAUGGCACCCUCUGGAUGGGCAGCACAGGAAAGAGGAGGAAAAUCCAGGUUCUUCCAGAACAUUCCAAGAUUUUGCCAUCAAACAAAGGAAGAGCAGGGGAUUUGCAAAGGAGAUCCAGGUCUUGGGAGUGGACUUGCUUUGUGUUGUUCUUGGAAAGUUUCGCACCACUUGUGAAUUCCCUGAACCUUGGCCUUGCCAGCCCCCUUGUGUUGGGCCCUCCUCCUUUUCAGCUUGCCCAAAUUAAGACCCACUUGGCUCUCCAGCACUUGGCUGCCGGCGGCGGGCGGGCGCCUCCCCACGCUGGCGUCCGCCAGGCAUUGCUGAAAGACGCAAUGUUUAGCCCCAGAGGAACCUUGCCCCCGAGGCCCAGAGGACCCAACCCGGCGGGCACCAAACCCCCGGCAGCGUUCGGGGCCGGCGGCGCGGCGGGGCCUCCCAGGAAAGCCGCGCCCGCGACGCCCCAAGGAGCGCCCCAGAGAUUCUCGGGGCAGGAGUGGACGGGUUCGCAGAGGAUCAACGUCCGCGUCACGCUGCACAGGGCCGAUCCCAGGAAAGUCAAGGAGAAGACCGGCCUGCACCAGGAGCAGAAGGGAGACCCCCGUGCCACUCGCUGGGAUGGCGGCCCCUGCCCCGCCGGCACCGCCGGGCCGAAGCCGCCCGGCCCGGCGCCGGUCUUGGAGCAGAACUCCAACCCCCAGAACCGCUACACGCCCGAAAGCGCCUCCAGCAUUUUAGCGAGCUUCGGGCUGUCCAACGAGGACCUGGAGGAGCUGAGCCGCUACCCCGACGACCAGCUGACGCCCGAGAACAUGCCGCGGAUCCUGCGGGAGAUCCGCAUCCGCAAGAUGGGCCACGCCGUGCCCGGCUUGCACGCUCCGAGCCGGGGGGAGGAGCCGGUGGGCGAGAGCAGCGGCACCGCCGUCAAGAGCAAAGUGAUCGACUACGGCCACGCCAGCAAGUACGGCUACACCGAGGACCCGCUGGAGAUCCGCACCUACAACCCCGAGGCGCUGCCCGAGGAACCGCUGGAAGCGCGCGUCUUCAAUCCCGAAAGCUCGAGCGCGGAGAGCCGGGAAGAAUUCCAGCGGGAGCAGAGCGUGCCGGUGGCCGUCCCACCGCCCAACGUGCCCAACGUGCCCAACGUGCCGUGCAACCCCGUGUUCCCGGCCGAAGACCUCAUCAAGCUGCCGGCCUUUCCCGCCGACUCCUCGCCCGCUCCGUCGUUUUUCCCGGCCGAGCCGCCGGCCAAGGUGCCGGUGCUGUGCAGCGCCACGCCCACCGUGCUGCCGGUGGUGAAGCCGGCGUCCCAGCCGCCCAUGCCGCCGGUGCUGCCGCCCAUCCUGCCGGCGCUGCUGCCCACGCCGCUGCCGCAGCCCAUGCUGCCCCCGGUGAUGCCGCCGCUGGUCCAGCCGCCCGUGACCCAGCACGUGUUGCCGCCCUUGACGCCGCCGCCCUUCUCGGCCGGGCUCCUGGCCGCCAUCAGCCAGCACGAGCAGAAGCAGCGCGACGCCGGCAGCGCCCAUCCCGGGCCCGGCGCCCAUCCCGGCCCCAGCGCCCAUCCUGGGCCCAGUGCCCAUCCCGGCCCCAGCACCCAUCCCAGGCCCAGCACCCAUCCCGGGCCCAACACCCAUCCUGGGCCCAGCGCCGCCGGCGGGGCCUCGGCGGGACACAAACCGUACCACAAACCCUACCACUCACCAGCACAGGAGCCCAUCAAAUCCCCGUUCGGGGUGGUGAAGGCGUCCUGGCUGCCCGUGUUCCCCGAGAAGAGCAAACGCCUGCCCACCCCGUCCAUGAUGAACGACUACUAUGCCACGUCGCCGCGAAUAUUCCCACAUUUGUGUUCUCUGUGUAACCUUGAAUGCACUCAUAUGAAGGAUUGGAUCCUGCACCAGAACAACCCCGAGCACCUCGAGAGCUGCCGCAGGCUGCGCCAACAAUAUCCCGAGUGGAAUCCUGAGGCUCACUCCUCCAGCAGGCAUGGCGCCGAGCGCAAGGAGAACCGCACCCCGCGCCGCCGCUCGCUGUCCCCGCCCAGCCCGUCCCGCCGCCGCUCCCGCCCGCCGCCGCCGCCGCUCCCGCCCGGCUCCUCCUCGCGCCGCCGCCGCUCCCGCUCGCGCAGCCCCGGGAGGCUCCGGCGGCCGCGCUCGCGCAGCCCCGGCGGGCGGCACCUCCCGCGGCCCCGCUCCCGCUCCCGGUCCCGCUCCCGCCCGCGCAGCCUGGCCAGGGGCAGCCCCCGGCCCCACCGGAGCCGCUCCGACAGCGCAGAGCGACCCCGCGGCAGCCGGCCCAGCCGCUCCUCCGAAGCCCGCCGGGCGGCGCUGGAGGCCGUGAUGCGCACGCUGGGCCCGGGCCCCACAGCCCGCCGGGCGGCGCUGGAGGCCGUGAUGCGCACACUGGGCCCGGGCUUCCUGGCCGAGUUCCAGAGGCACAAAUCCCUGCAGGAUUCCCUGGGCUCCGGGAAAGCCCUGGGGGUUCCCCGCAAACCCUCCCGGGGCACCCCAAAAACGCCCCGCAAGGAGGGCGGGGCCGGGCCCAGCGGCGCCCCCGAAGCCACCGGGGGGACCCCCAAAAAGGACCGGGAGCAGCAGCAGCAGGAGGAGGAGGAGGAGGAGGAAGAGGAGGCGGGGAAGAGUCAGCCCUACAACAGGCUGCUGCGGGAGGAGCUGCUGAGCUGCGGCACGGUGCUGCAGAUCUCGGAGCUGCCGGAUUCGGGAUUUUCCGACCAGGACAUCAAGCGGUUGGUGCAGCCCUUCGGGAAGGUCAGCGACCUCAUCGUGCUGCGCUCCCGCAACGAGUUUGGGGGAUUUUUUGCAGAGGGGUUUCAGAAAUUGGAGCUGGUGUGUGCAGGGCUGCACUUCGGCAAGGUGGAGCACUGUGCUGUGCUCAGCAACCGCCACCGGGCAAUCCUGCACCUUGACAGCCCCAAAUCCGCGCGCUCCAUGCACAGUUUCCUGCAGCAAUAUCCAUAUUCCAUAGGAGAACACACACUCACCUGCUCCUUGUCCUCCCACGGAGACAUUCCUGAGGCUGAAACCGGGAAAAAGGAAGUGAAGAGAGAGGAUGGGAGCAAAGGAAGGUACAGCCUGCGAGGAUUUUUGGGAAUUUUAUCCAUUUCUUUUCCCUCUUGGAAUGUUCAUCCACGAUUAGGGAUUGCUGAGCCUCCCUCCAGCUGUGUCCUGCUGCUCCUCCUUCCCACUCCAUGUCCUCCAGAGCCAAAAUAUUUGGGAUUCAUUAAAAAAAUCAUGGAAAAAUGGCGUGAAACCCCAAUUUCUGUGGAGUUUUUCCUUGUUUUUUCCCCUGCUCAUGUCCUGGCUCCUCUUGUUGCUUUUAUUCCAUCCUGCAGCUCUUCCCUCUAUCCCUGCCUCAGGAAUGCCUUUUCCCGACUGCUGAAUUCCCAGAAAUUUUUAGGAAUUUUUGUUAGAUAUGGCUUCGAUCCCUUUUUUUCUGUGAUUCCAACUCGGAUUUCCUCUGGCUUGAAAAAAAUCCCAGAGGGAUCGGGAACGGUGCAAAAACCAGCUGGGAAUCCAUCGGGAGAGGCCAAGAAAGGCCAAAUUCCCACCCGAAAUGUCCCAGAGGAGAUUCCAGCGGGACAACUGGAGAUUCCCGAGUCGCAGGCCGGAGGAGCAGCGAGGGAAUCACCCACAGGGAUGGACGUGGAGGGGUUGGAUCCUGGAAUUCCUGUGGAUCCUGCUGGCAGCAAAUCGCCCGGAGCGGGGUCGGAGGAGAAACCGGCGCCGCUUUCCCGAGUGGGGACGGACAAAUCUCGGGAUGGGCCGGAGCUGGAAAUCCUCCAAAAGGAGGAUGAGGAACCCUCUGCUCCCGCUGUGGAACCUCUGGAAUCAUCCAGCAAGGCCACCCCAGCAGCCGGAGGAACGCCGGGAGCCAUCCCUGGAGUGUCCCCGAGCUCGGAGGAGGCUCCCGCGGUGUCACCCGGUGUCACCCAGCCCAGCGCGGAGCCGACUGCUCCGGAGAAAACCCCCGUUCCCGAGGCUGGGAAAGGCAGCCAGGAAACGUCCACGGAGAGGAAAGCUGUCCCAAAAACUCUGCACGCUCCAGGGAAUAAACUGGACGUGGCUGGAGCAGAGAGAGAGGCGACAGCGGAGGAAUCCGUGCCCAAACUUGGGGAAAAUCCAGGGAAGACUGGGGGCAAGGCUGGGACAGAACUGGAGAAAACAGCGGGAAAAACAUCCUCCAAGGGUGGGGAGAACUCUGGGAAUGCUGUUGGUGAGACGCACGGGGCAAGUUCGGUUAAAAUCCCACAAAAUAAAGGGAUGGGAGCUGCAAAAUCAGAGGAAAACCACGCGGCCGCUCCGGUAAAUCCCGCUGCGUCCCUGAAGGAAUCUUGCAUUGGGAAAACCCUGCUGAAGGCUGUGGUGUCUGUCCCGGACAUCCUGAAACAGAAAAUUCCCGUCAGGAUCACCGAGCCUUCCCUGGGAAGAGCUGGGGAGCAGAAAAUCCCCCCCAAAGCAGGACUGGAGAAGAAAAUCCCACCCAAAACCGCGGCUCAGCCGGGAGCUGGGAGCAGCCAAUGGAAGGGGAACGGAAAUUCCGGACUGGAAGCACAGGGAGACGGCGGGAAGAGCUCAUCCCAGCAGGAAAAGGAUUCCCAGCUGGAAUCCCCGACGAGUUCAAAGCAGAGCCAGCAGGGAGAGAGCGGAACAUCUGGCACCAAGGAAAAUCCUGGUGGGAAUCAGGCUCCUGGUGGGGGCGGUGCUGCAGCUUUGAAAAGCAGUGCCGGCAGCACUGGAAAACAGAAGGAGGAGGAAGAGCUCUUCCCGUUUAACCUGGACGAGUUCGUCACGGUGGACGAGGUGCUGGAGGAAGCCGAGUCUCCGGUGAUGCCGCGGCGGAACCCCCCGAGGGGGAAGAGAAAAGAAGCCCCCAAAGCCAACCCUCCGGAGCCGGCGCCCAAGAAGAGGAAAGGGAAGAGUUGCGGAGCCGAAGGUGAGCUGUCCUUUGUCACCUUGGAUGAGAUCGGGGAGGAGGAGGAGGAGGCCCCGGUGCCGCUGCCGGGCGUCGACCCCCAGGGCCUGGUGGUGGUGGAUGAGGUGGUGGAAGAGGAGGAGCUGUCGGAAGCGGUGAAGGAUCCGCAGGCGCUGCUGACGCUGGAUGAGAUCUCGGAGCAGGAGGAGCCGGGCUCCCACGGGAACGGGCCCCGGGGGGAAUUUGAGGAGCGGGAUCUGAAGGCCGAGCCCUUGGUGACCGUGGAUGAGAUUGGGGAGGUGGAGGAGCUGCCCCUCAACGAGCCCGCGGAGCUGAGCGCCGCCGAGGAGGGGAAAACCAACCCCGGGGAUGGCGCGGCCUCCCAGGUGCCCGACGAUCCCAACGCCUUGGUGACCGUGGAUGAAAUCCAGGAGGACAACGAGGACAAUCCUCUGGUGACUCUGGAUGAGGUCAACGAGGACGAGGAUGAUUUCCUGGCCGACUUCAAUCACCUCAAAGAGGAACUGAACUUUGUUACAGUCGACGAAGUCGGCGAUGAAGAAGAAGAAAGCACUUUCCCAGGGAAGAACCCGCCCGAGGAUGAAGAUGACGAAGAUAUUGUUGCUGUUGCAGGACCAGAAGAAAUGGGAAUUCUAGGAGAUACAAAUCCAGAGGAUGAAAUGGCUGAAAUCUCCAAGCCAAAAGCAGCUCAGCUGGGAUCAGAAGAUGCAGAACCAAAACCUCAGCAGAAGAAAACGACUUUUCCAGGUGUCCCCAAGACGCAGAGCACUCCCAAAGCUCUGGAUAUCCUGGUCCCCAAGGCCGGAUUCUUCUGCCAGAUCUGCUCCCUCUUCUACGCCGACGAGCCCUCCAUGAUCAACCACUGCAGGACCCCCCUGCACCGGCAGAACAUGGAGAAAUUCAUGGCCAAGCAGCAGGAAAGCGGCGGGGAGGAGCCGAGCUCCAGGUGAUGGAGCUUCCCAGGAACCACACUUGGGGGCCAGUCAGUUCUGUGUGUUCGGAUCUCCUUCGUCAUUCGGGGUCGGGAAGGAGCAUCCACGGUGUAAAAAAUCGGAGCCGGGAACAGACAAAACCCAAAGCAGGAGAGGGUUGGAAUUGUGUCUCCGAUCAUCCGACGUGGGAGAGACUGUUGCAGGUGUCUCCAGGAAAUAAAUGUUCUUACUGUAUAGUUA